AUUCGUCUCCUGCCACCAUUGCGCGUCCAUUCUGCCCAAGCCCAACCGACAGGAAGCGGCGAAAAUUGAUUCAGGCGGCCUGAAAGGAAACUAACGUGUGCUCCUAAUAAGGAACAACACAUAAGUCUCUCUUUUUUUUUUUUUAUAUAUAUUUUUUUGCGAUAGGAUUUUGAGAUGUGUUUUAUCAUUUGCCGUAUUUGUCCUGUCCAUCAAUCCGGUUUUAAGAAAAAGCGAAAUAUGAGAAGGGAUUUUACCUUAAGGGCCCCCAGUGGAACGUCGUAAUGAUACUGCUCUCUAAUCCAACUGAGUCACUCUCGACUUAAAGGAGCAGGAUGACAAAAUGGCCCAGCUGCUGGUACCGCCUGGUCCUGACAGCUUCCGCCCCUUUGUCCCGGAGUCUCUGGCCGCCAUUGAGAGGCGCAUUGCCGAAGAGGAGGCCCGGAGACCACGGGCAGAGCGGCGCAGCGACUGCGACGAUGAAGAUGGGCCCAAGCCCAACAGUGACUUGGAGGCAGGAAAAUCACUUCCCUUCAUUUAUGGUGACAUCCCUCCAGGUUUGGUGUCCACUCCUCUGGAGGAUUUGGACAGCUAUUACAGCAAUCAGAAGACUUUCAUAGUAUUGAAUCGUGGGAAGGCAAUCUUCCGUUUCAACGCCACUCCUGCCUUGUACAUCUUAAACCCCUUCAACCCGCUGAGGAGGAUAGCUAUUAGAGUUUUGGUACACUCGAUGUUCAGCAUGUUGAUCAUGUUCACCAUCCUAACCAACUGUGCUUUUAUGACCCUAAGUAACCCUCCGGAAUGGGCCAAGAAUGUAGAAUACACAUUCACAGGAAUUUACACUUUUGAGUCCCUCAUAAAGAUCCUGGCCAGAGGCUUUUGCGUGGGGAAGUUCACCUUUCUGCGUGACCCGUGGAACUGGCUGGACUUUAGCGUCAUCCUCAUGGCAUAUGUCACAGAGUUUGUGGACCUGGGCAAUGUAUCAGCACUGCGAACCUUCAGGGUUCUGCGAGCCCUGAAAACUAUAUCGGUCAUCCCAGGCUUGAAGACGAUAGUCGGUGCAUUGAUCCAGUCAGUUAAAAAGCUCUCAGAUGUGAUGAUCCUGACGGUGUUCUGCCUGAGCGUGUUUGCUCUCAUUGGCCUGCAGCUCUUCAUGGGCAAUCUGAGGCAGAAAUGCGUGCGCUUGCCAAUCCUUGGCAAUGCCACCAACAGCAGCUAUACUGUUGCCACCGACAUGUUUCUUUUCAACAGCAGCCUAGCAGAAGUCAACGACACACUCUUGAACAGCACAGGAAGUGGCUUCAACUGGAUAGACUACAUCAGUGAUGAUAAAAAUUACUAUUACCUCCCUGGUCGCAGGGAUGCUCUCCUCUGUGGAAAUGGCAGCGGGGCUGGGCUUUGUCCAGAAGGCUUUAUUUGUGUCAAAGCGGGCCUUAAUCCAGACUACGGAUACACAAGUUUUGACACUUUCAGUUGGGCUUUCCUGUCUCUGUUCAGACUUAUGACCCAGGACUACUGGGAAAACCUCUAUCAGCAGACUUUGCGUGCGGCAGGGAAGCCCUACAUGGUCUUCUUCGUUUUAGUGAUCUUCCUGGGUUCCUUCUACCUUGUCAAUCUCAUAUUGGCUGUUGUGGCCAUGGCUUAUGAUGAGCAGAACCAGGCCACCAUAGAGGAGGCUCAACAGAAAGAGGAGGAAUUCCAGGCAAUGCUGGAACAGCUGAGGAGGCAGCAGGAGGAAGCACAGGUUGCCGCGGCAGCAGCCACAGAUAGCGGCGAGUACAGCGGGAGGGGGGGGGCCACCUCUGAGUCGUCCUCCGUGACAUCCAAGCUCAGCUCGAAAAGUGCAAAAGAGCGACGCAACAGGCGGAAGAAAAGGAAACAGAAGGAGGAAGAGGAGGAGGAAAGGGGGGCAUACAACAAGUUCCAUAAGUCUUUGACCGUGGACAGUAUCAACAGAUCCUUCCACUUCUCCAUCGAUCCUAACCGACUUUCUUAUGAGAAGAGAUGCUCCUCACCCAAUCAGUCUCUGCUCAGUAUACGCGAGUCACUCUUCUCACCACGGAGGAACAGUCAAGUCAGCCUCUUUAGCUUCCGUGGACGAGUACGUGACAUGGGGUCAGAAAACGACUUCGCGGACGACGAGCACAGCACCUUCGAAGAAAGCGACAGCCGCCGUGGCUCCCUGUUCUUGCCACGUCGCCUCGAGCGUCGUUGCAGCGCCAUCAGCCAGAUGAGUCUCAGGGUACCUCGUGUAACAGUACCUGCCAAUGGCAAGAUGCAUUGCACGGUGGACUGCAACGGCGUUGUUUCGCUGGUUGGAGGAACAUCUGGAACUAACUCUCCUGUUGGUCUCCUGCUGCCUGAGGGUGCCACGACAGACACCGAGGUGAGAAAACAACGCUCAGUUGAUUAUUUAGGUGAACCAGGAGGCAGGCAAAGAGCCAUGAGUGUGGCCAGCAUCCUCACCAACACCAUGGAAGAGCUUGAAGAGUCGAGGCAGAAAUUCCCCCCCUGCUGGUAUCGAUUUGCCAACACUUGUUUGAUCUGGGAUUGUUGCCCUACCUGGCUUAAAAUUAAGGAGUUUGUUAACAUGGUGGUCAUGGACCCAUUUGUGGAUCUGACUAUCACAAUUUGCAUCGUCCUCAACACCCUUUUUAUGGCUAUGGAGCAUUACCCGAUGACGAAAGAAUUUAACGAUGUCCUUUCUGUUGGAAACCAGGUAUUUACUGGCAUUUUCACAGCAGAGAUGUGCCUCAAGGUCAUCGCCCUCGACCCUUACUAUUAUUUCCAGGAGGGCUGGAACAUUUUUGACGGCAUUAUUGUGAGUCUGAGUCUGAUGGAGCUGGGAUUGGCCAAUGUAGAGGGCCUGUCUGUGCUCAGGUCCUUCCGACUGCUGAGGGUAUUCAAACUGGCUAAAUCCUGGCCAACUCUGAACAUGCUGAUCAAGAUCAUUGGUAACUCAGUGGGGGCUCUGGGUAACUUGACCCUGGUGCUCGCUAUCAUUGUCUUCAUCUUUGCCGUGGUGGGCAUGCAGCUUUUCGGCAAGAGCUACAAGGAGUUUGUCUGUAACAUAAAUGAUGAUUGUCAGCUACCACGCUGGCACAUGCAUGAUUUCUUCCACUCCUUCCUCAUCGUGUUCCGAGUGCUGUGUGGAGAGUGGAUAGAGACUAUGUGGGACUGUAUGGAGGUAGCAGGACCGACUAUGUGUCUGAUUGUCUUCAUGAUGGUUAUGGUCAUCGGAAACUUGGUGGUUCUGAACCUGUUCUUGGCUCUGCUUCUGAGCUCAUUCAGCGCUGACAACUUGGCUGCAACUGAUGACGACAGCGAGAUGAAUAACUUGCAAAUUGCUGUGGGCCGGAUCCAGCGCGGCAUUGCCUUUUUAAAAUCUACUGUUCGACACUUCCUCCAGAGCCUGUUCUUUGGUGGUGGCGGGAAGGGCUCCAACCUGCCUGAAGAGAGCAAACCCCUAGAAGAACUACAUAGCAAUGGCAAAGGCAACUGCAUCACCAAUCACACAACAGUGGAAAUGACCAAAGACCCUGGCGGGAUAUACAUGACAGCUGAGGGCAACGGGCGUCCUGGAGGAGGCCUGGUCGUUGGGGGCAUGAUUGAGGCGGAUAGCACCGAAAAGUACCCCAUAGACGAAUGUCACUACAUGUCCUUUAUUCACAAUCCGAGCCUGACAGUCACAGUGCCUAUUGCUGUGGGUGAGUCAGACUUUGAGAACCUUAACACAGAGGACUUAAGCAGCGAUUCCUCAGAUGUGGAGGGCAGCAAAGAGAAGCUCGACACAGAGCCUAAACAUCUCAGCUCUUCAGAAGGGAGCACUGUUGAUAUUCGCCCACCAGGAGAUGGGGUUGAUUCAGUGGAACUGGAGCCAGAGGAGUCACUGGAGCCAGAGGCCUGCUUUACUGACGGAUGCAUAAGCAGAUUCCAGUGUUGCGAGGUCAAUGAGGAAGCACCCAGGUUUAAGAGUUGGUGGACACUCAGGAAAACCUGUUUUGUAAUAGUGGAGCACAACUGGUUUGAAUCCUUUAUCAUAUUUAUGAUCCUGCUCAGCAGUGGCGCACUGGCUUUUGAGGACGUUUAUAUUGAACAGAGGAAGACCAUCAAAACAAUGCUGGAGUAUGCAGACAAGGUCUUUACUUAUGUCUUCAUUCUGGAGAUGCUGUUGAAGUGGGUGGCCUAUGGCUUUGUCAAGUACUUCACCAACGCCUGGUGCUGGCUCGACUUCGUCAUUGUUGAUGUGUCCCUUGUCAGCCUUGUGGCCAAUGCUCUGGGCUACUCCGAGCUCACUGCGAUCAAAUCCCUGAGGACACUGCGAGCCCUCCGGCCACUGAGAGCCCUAUCUCGGUUCGAGGGCAUGAGGGUUGUGGUGAACGCACUACUGGGGGCCAUUCCCUCCAUCAUGAAUGUGCUGCUGGUCUGCCUCAUCUUUUGGCUCAUCUUCAGCAUCAUGGGGGUCAACCUGUUCGCAGGGAAGUAUUACUACUGCAUCAACACUACCACUGACAAGGUCUUCCCCAUCGAGGAGGUCAACAACAAGUCUGACUGCCUGAAUUUGGUCAACAACAGCGCCCGAUGGAAGAACGUCAAAAUCAAUUUUGACAACGUUGGUGCUGGCUAUUUGGCGUUGUUGCAAGUGGCAACAUUUAAGGGCUGGAUGGACAUUAUGUAUGCAGCUGUGGAUUCUCGUGAUCUGGAGGAACAACCCAAAUAUGAAGUGAACUUGUACAUGUAUUUGUACUUUGUCGUCUUCAUCAUCUUUGGUUCCUUUUUUACCCUCAACCUCUUCAUUGGAGUUAUCAUUGACAACUUCAACCAGCAGAAGAAAAAGUUUGGAGGGCAAGAUAUCUUCAUGACAGAGGAACAGAAGAAAUAUUACAAUGCUAUGAAGAAGUUAGGCUCCAAGAAACCACAAAAACCAAUUCCUCGACCAGCAAAUGAAUUUCAAGGCUGUGUGUUCGACUGCAUAACAAAGCAGGCUUUUGACAUUGUUAUAAUGAUCCUCAUCUGCCUUAACAUGGUGACCAUGAUGGUGGAGACUGAUGACCAGACUCCAGAUAUGGACAAUAUCCUCUACUGGAUCAACAUGGUCUUCAUUGUGCUCUUCACAGGGGAGUGUGUACUAAAGAUGAUCUCCUUGCGUCACUAUUACUUCACCAUAGGUUGGAAUAUAUUUGAUUUUGUGGUGGUGAUCCUGUCAAUCGUAGGUAUGUUUUUGUCAGAAAUGAUUGAGAAGUACUUUGUUUCCCCGACAUUAUUCCGAGUGAUCCGUCUGGCCAGGAUCGGCCGCAUUCUCCGCCUUAUCAAGGGUGCCAAAGGCAUUCGGACUCUCCUCUUCGCCCUGAUGAUGUCACUUCCUGCCCUAUUUAAUAUUGGUCUUCUCCUCUUCUUGGUCAUGUUCAUCUACGCAAUUUUCGGCAUGUCCAACUUUGCCUACGUCAAACGGGAGUCUGGAAUCGACGACAUGUUCAAUUUUGAGACCUUUGGGAACAGUAUGCUCUGCUUGUUCCAGAUCACUACCUCAGCUGGGUGGGAUAGUCUGUUGGCACCCAUCCUGAACAAGAGGGAACCUGACUGUGAUAGCCAGAUGGAGCACCCAGGCAACAACUACAAAGGCAACUGUGGCAACCCAUCAGUCGCUAUCUUCUUUUUCGUCAGCUACAUCAUCAUUUGCUUCCUUAUUGUGGUCAACAUGUACAUUGCCGUCAUCCUGGAGAACUUCAGUGUGGCAACGGAAGAGAGCGCCGAGCCACUGAGCGAGGAUGACUUUGAGAUGUUUUACGAAGUGUGGGAGCGUUUUGACCCCGACGCCACACAGUUCAUGGAGUACAGCAAACUCUCUGACUUUGCCGACGCGCUCGACCCACCGUUGCGUAUGCCCAAACCGAACAUGAUUCAGCUCAUCUCUAUGGACUUGCCGAUGGUCAGUGGCGAGCGCAUCCACUGCCUUGACAUCCUGUUUGCCUUCACUAAGCGAGUACUCGGGGAAGGUGGUGAGAUGGAUGUGUUGCGCGGGCAGAUGGAGGAACGCUUUAUGGCAUCGAACCCCUCAAAGGUGUCGUACGAGCCAAUCACCACCACUCUCCGCCGCAAGCAGGAAGACAUGUCCUCCAUCAUCAUCCAGAGAGCCUUUCGCCGCUACAUGAUUUGCAUGGCCAUGAAGAAGGCCUCGGCACUCUACAAAGAACAACUGAAAGAGGGCUUACGUGACCCUGACAAGGAUGUGAUGGUCAUCAGCAAGUUCAAUGAGAUCUCCAUCUCGGACAAAACAGACAUGACCCCAUCUACAGCUUCCCCUCCCUCUUACAACAGCGUGACGAAAUCUGACAAAGAAAAAUACGAGAAAGAAAAUUGUGAGAAGAAAAAAGACUUGAAAGAGCGGAAGAAAUAGACUUUUUUCCCAUUGUUGUGUGCUUGUAUGUUAAUUGCUUGGAGUUGAUGAAUGCCUCUAGUAAAGGAGGGCAAGUAUGUUGUGUAUAAAGUGAAUCCACAAGGGACCAAAUCAUCCAGAAGACACUGCCAAACGGAAAAGACGCGCAGAGACUUGUGAUUUUCUGUUGGGUUGUUUUGUUAAUUGACACAGUUAAGUGUACUAUUGAGUUGUCUGUAGUUAGUGUUGCUGCUGCUAUAAAUACAGUGUCAUUAAUUUAAAAAUGGAUUUAUUACUCAAAGUACUCUGCUUUUUUUCUUAUUUUGUUUGGGUGUGGAAUAGAGUUGCACUGUUUUUUUUUUCCAAACAGUAAAUGACAAGGCCUGAAAUACUUCAACUCCUCCACUUAGGGAAGGACCUCCACCCUAUUCUGGCUCAGGACCAUGGUCUCAGAUUUAGUGUUUCUGCUUUCCCCUAGCCGCUUCUAAUUGUGCCAGUGAGAGUUAAAGAUCACAGGCUGAUAAAGCCAACAAAACAAUAAUUCCAGGCCUGCUCAACUUUGAAGUACAUGCAGCAGAAAAAGAUGGCAAAGGUCCACAACAAUGUGUGGAAUGAAGAGUGAGCAGAGAAAAUAUUAAAAGAAAUCUUUGAGCCAGAUGAUCCUUAGGUUGGAUGGGUCAUAUGUGUCAUCUAUCAUGCUAACAGCUAACACAGCAAGUAGAAGAGGAAACUGCAUAACAUGAUUAGCAUCUGGGUUUCUCAAGGUGAUACCAUUACGUGAAAGAGUACAAUCCCCCAAAAAGAGGGGUGUUUCAUGCAUUUAUGCCAAUGAAGAUGUGUGUGCAACAUAGUCACAUAAUCAGGGAACUGCUAUUGUGGCCAAACUAGCAAUUGACUUGUAUUUAAUUCUAUACUAGUGCUACCCAUUCUUAGUUGAAGGCAUAUGGUUUACAUGAGAAAAAAACAUUGGUAGCACACCACCAAAACAAAUGCCACAAAAAGUGGAUACAUAAGUUAAUUAUGUACCUUCUGCCAUCUAGUGGACGACCAGUUAUUUGUUCUAAAUUUCACUCUACAUCACUGGCAUAGAUAUAUGAACAAAAAUACAUUAUUGGUAGUAAAUGAGUUUCAGACCAAUGAAGUACUGUAAAAUUGGAUAAUUUACUGUGAAACACUAUCACUGAUCUAUACCGUGCAUUAAAAUGGAAAUUGUUCCUUUCUUCACUAAAUUUGCAUUACAGGACCACACCAUCUUCCUUGUCAACUGAUUUUGAUCACACAAUGACAGAAAUUGAAUAGGCAUUUCUCACAGAGUUACCAUAAAAUUCAAGCUGCAUUGUCAUUUCCCUGUUAUGGUACUCGACACGGCAAAGCUGAAUGUAUGCAAGCAGAAGGAAUGACACAUUAUUUUGCUCAUCUUACCUUUGUCAAGGAAAUGUUUCAAAAAAGAGAGCUUGCAAAAAAAUUAUAGCCUUUUUUAUUUUUUUUUUACUUUAAAUCAACAAAUUAGUGCUGAAUUGCAAAUUUCCUCUAGCCUAUUACAUGUAUGCAUCCAUCUGUUUUCUACUGCUUAUCGUGUUCAGGGUCACAGGUGAGCUGUAGCCUGUCCCAGUUGACUGGGUGAGAGGUCAGGAAUAUUUUUGAUAAAUUUUAACUUAAUGUGAGUUGUCUCCAAGUACUCCACAUUCCAAAAGCAUCAUGUGAGGUACAGGUCAUUGAUAACUGUAAAAUGUUGUGAAUGUGCCCUGCCUCUCAACCAAAGUUAGCUGAGGUAGGCUUCAGCUCACCUAUAUCCCUGGAGAGUAUUACUGGUAGGAAAUGAAUGAAUGGAUAGAGCAAUUCAAGGUCACACUUUGACGGUAAAGGUGAAAUGUUGUACAGGUGGUUACAUGCUAAACUUGGCCAAUGGAUCCAACUAGUAAAACCAUCUAGCUUGAGUUGUGAUUUUUCUCUAGUGCAUCUUUGCAAGAAAACCAAUGCGUUAGUCUCACUAGAUCAGGGGUCACCAACCUGGGUCACCAAUCAAAAUAGCUCACCAAUGAUGGAACAUUGUGAUGUUCUUGGAAUGUUGUAGAAGCACUCAGGGAUUUAUGGAAAUAAAGUGUUGCAUAUUGA